AGAAGAGACAAAGAGUGAGGGAGAGAGUACGUGUGUGCAUGUGACAGAGGGAGAGAGCGGAAGAGAGUGUGGGAGGGAGAUGGAGAUGUAGCGAAGGGCAGCAGCAGCAGCUCUUCCUCACAGUGUGCCUCACUCAAAAGCUCAGGAUUUAGAAUGCAGGCUUGUUUUUUUCCCCCAACAGAAUUUAUCUGAGGAAUGCUGUAGCUCUAACUGAAGAGGGACGGAGUGGGACGUGUCCAAGUAGAAGAGUAGGGGGGAGUCAUCUGCUUUUGCUUCAUUUUUGGGGAGGGGGCCUCUUUUGACAGGCAAAAAAGCAGAGGAGAUGCUGCUGUAAUCACAUUCAGCUGGACAGCGUUCAAACUGCAGGGAGGACAUCUACAUGACAGAGGCUUUGAAAGCAGAGAAUCCGCCACAUAAGAAUCUUCAUCAUGGGUGAUAAAGGCACGAGGGUUUUUAAGAAGGCCAGUCCAAAUGGAAAGCUCACUGUGUAUCUUGGUAAGAGGGACUUUGUUGACCAUGUGGACCUCGUGGAGCCUGUUGAUGGUGUGGUUUUGAUUGAUCCAGAGUACUUAAAGGAGAGAAAAGUUUUUGUAACGCUGACAUGUGCCUUCCGCUAUGGGCGGGAGGACUUAGAUGUUCUUGGCUUGACAUUUCGAAAGGACCUCUUUGUGGCCAAUAUACAGGCAUUCCCUCCUGUGCCUGAGGAGAAGAAAAGCCUCACACGUUUACAAGAGCGGCUGAUUAAAAAGCUUGGAGAGCAUGCUUAUCCCUUCACCUUUGAGAUACCUCCUAAUUUACCCUGUUCGGUGACAUUGCAACCUGGGCCUGAAGACACUGGAAAGGCCUGUGGGGUGGACUUUGAAGUCAAAGCUUUCUGUGCUGAAAAUGUUGAAGAGAAAAUUCACAAAAGGAACUCAGUGCGUCUCAUCAUCAGAAAAGUGCAGUAUGCUCCGGAGAAGCCAGGUCCACAGCCAAUGGCAGAGACAACAAGACAGUUCUUGAUGUCGGACAAGCCUCUACACCUGGAGGCCUCGCUGGACAAAGAGAUUUACUACCAUGGUGAGCCAAUUAGUGUAAACGUCCACGUCACAAACAACACAAACAAGACUGUGAAGAAAAUGAAGAUUUCAGUGCGUCAGUAUGCUGAUAUUUGUCUCUUCAACACUGCUCAGUACAAGUGCCCAGUAGCGACAGAGGAAUCAGAUGACAUUGUGGCUCCAAGUGCAACAUUCUGUAAGGUAUAUACUCUCACCCCCUUCCUUGCCAACAACCGAGAGAAGCGUGGCUUAGCCCUAGAUGGAAAGCUCAAACAUGAAGACACGAAUUUAGCCUCAAGUACAUUGUUAAGAGAGGGAGCCAAUAAGGAAAUUCUUGGUAUUAUUGUGUCCUAUAAAGUCAAAGUGAAACUGGUGGUGUCUCGUGGUGGGCUUCUGGGAGAUCUCGCCUCCAGUGAUGUCGCAGUAGAGCUGCCCUUCACGCUAAUGCACCCUAAACCGGUAGAGGAAUCCAUCUACAAGGAUGUUCCAGAAAAUGAUGCACCCAUUGACACAAACUUGAUUGAGUUUGACACAAAUGAUGAUGACAUCAUCUUCGAGGACUUUGCGCGACAGCGACUCAUCGGGGCAAAAGAUGACAAAGACGAGGAUGAAGAGGGUACAGAUUCACCUAAGCUGAACGAUAGAUAGACAAAGAAGACAAAUGUUCUACUGUAUCACAGCAUUAGAAAUGGAAUGAGAACCCCUUGGAGAAAAAAAAUCUGGAAGUUUGGGACACCCUUUAACACACUCACUGUGGUGCAGUUGUUGUGGUCCUGUUUACAUAUGUCUUCUCCAUCCUGAAAGGGUGUAAAAAAAAAUGUGUUGAAAAACAUGACCUCGUUGUCAAACUAUUUAGCGGUGAGAUUUUGGUUCACUGGCCACCUACAGCGUGCCUAUGAUGUUUUGAGGGUUUUUCAUGGUAAGAGGAAUAGCUUUUCAUCAUGUUUAAAUGAACUUCAAUGGUAGCAUGCCUUUGUUGUUAGUUUGUUUUACAUGUUCUUCUUUCCAUUAGAAUGAAAAGAAAUUUUAGAGACCAUAACUUUGUUAUAAGUACAUAUGUUCUAAACACUGUGUAAAGAAACAGAAGUGUUAAUAUGAACACUGGCAAAUUAGUGUCUUUUGAUGGACAGUCUUGCAGUGAUUAGUGAACAAAGACAUUUAAGUAUGAAACAGUUAAAACUGCUGGAGACUGAAAUCAAUUUCUCCAUCAAUAUUGUAGGUUACUGCCCAGAUUCAACCUCAAAACCUCUCAAACUAACAUAAAUCAAUGGUUUUGUUAUUCUUAUCGGUACUCACAAAGUCAAGGCCUUGUAAUGAUGCGGGUUGUCUCUUUUCUUUUUUCUUAGAACCAGUUGAUGGCUCCUAGACACGAGCUGCUAUUAAAACAGCAGCACUGUAAAAUGUUACUGCUGUCUUAUUGGAAUAUCAGUCAUGUGUUGAAAUUAGUGCUAAACUAGUACAGUAGUAUUUUGUUUUUAAAAGUAGAGCAAACAUAGCUACAUAACUUCUUGCUGAAUAUUUGUUACUGGCCCCCUGGUGGUCAUCAGAAAAGAAUAUCUUAUGUUUGACCCAAACACUGUUUAAAGGGUGUGUUUUCCUCAGGCAACCAUGAGGCAUCACUUUACAUGUCCACAUAACAUUGAUUACCAUUAUUUGAAAACCUCCGUAGUAGCAGUUUCUCUAUGGGCACUUCUUUUGCAUCAAAAUCAAAUUCUCACUGAAAUCAUUAUUGUGUUCUUUUCUUCUCAUUAACUAUGUGCAUUGUAAAGACAAACCACUCAAAUCAUAUUACUUGUGACAGUAUUUCACUAGAUCAGCUUUCUUUAUGAAUGAGGCCUUGAUUUACUGCAUGAAACAUGUCAAUACUUUCUAUGUUUUCAAAACUAUUAUUAUUUUGUAACAUGAAGACUGAUAUUCCAUUGUUUGAUAUUGUCCAGUGACCUGAAACCUGGAAGGUUACAGGACUACACGUUACAUACAGACCUAAUUUAAUACAAAAUGAGAUGGCAAAACAUGUAAAUGGAUAAAGUGUUCAUAAUAUGAAGAUAAAGUACACUAUAUAUUAAAUAUACUUUAUGUUGGAUAUAUUAAAGUGUGUCUUCUUGAAA